AUGCACGGUCACACCAACGCCAACAGCAGCGGCGACCGCGACAGUGCCAGUAGCGAUGCCCAUAGCCCCGAUCGGAAUCGCAGUCCCCAUACCCGCCCAAGCCCAUACACACGUACCCGCUCAACUUCAGCUUCACCUGGGCACCAGUACCGCUCUCCACGACAGGACUCGCCACCCCUCACGGUUGGGUCGCCGUCAAUGGAGUCCAUUGACAGUGAUUUCGAAUGGACCGACCUCGGUACUGGCAGUGUAGAGGUGGCCCUGGGACAGACAUUGGUGCCCGUGCACACCGAGGCAGCCAGGGCACCAUCCCAGGCAGCGACUCCCACGUCCCCAGCCGCACCCACCUCGUCGACUACCUCGGCCCACUCACAAUGCGACGGGUGUCGCGAUCUUGUGCAGUCGCUCCAGCCUCUUAUCGCGUCUCUCGCGGCCUCUGAGGCUCAGCGGGCCGCGUCAGACGCCCGUGCCGAUGCCCUCGCCGCCAAACUGGACGCGAUAGCUGACAGGCUCGACAAGGGCUCCGAGGCGGCACUCACGGACCAUGCGCUGCAGGUGGUGGGGUAUGCCCACACUGAGACUGUCAACGCGAGACUCGACGCGAUCGUCGAGCGUUUGGAGAGCACCACACUGGGUGCUAUGCGUGUCGGCCAACUGGCCCAAGUCGCCCAACUCGGCGAGCGGCUCGAGCUACUCACAAAGACGGUGUCUUCCGACUGGGCCAGUUUCCAAGCUGCCCAGGCUCAAGUGCUGCGUGUCAGUAGCGCCGUCGACUCUCUCGAGACCAAGAUCGACACCGUCAUGACUUGGAUGAAGGACAACACUGUCCAUACCCAACUGGCGGACCUUGCAGUGGACUUGGGCGAAGCCAAGAAGAACACUACAGCCAUGAGGUUCCAGCCUGAACCUCCCUCUACGACUGACCAAGGUGGCCAGGGCGACAACGUUAACCGUUCUCCCAAGCCCUCCGGCUUCUGGAUCCCCGUCACUCCCCCGCUUCUCACAUGUUGCUCGACUGAACCACCCUGCCGCGAUGACCCACUCCUCGGCACCGACGCCACAGCUUCAAGUGAUGGCGGCAAUCUUCCUCCUGGUCGCCCGCCCGUAUCGUUCCCCCUCAGCGCUCCCCCGACGCUGUCACCUGCUGGUGCCUCUGUAUUCCCCCUUGGCCCCAGUCCACCCGCCGACACUUCCCUGCCAUCGAGCCAUGAACGGAUGGACGAGGACAAGUUCGCCGCACUCAAAGACAAUCACUGGCCAUGUGACUACCGCGAACCCGCAACAGCCUAUCUCGCACGAACGAGAUCCAUGACCAGGAGGCGCAGGGAGCAAGACCUAAAGGACACGAUACGGUGGUUUGGACAGCCUACCGCGGCCCACAGGCGGGUGGAGACGCAUGACACGUCUGCAACUACCUGCGGUACCUCUGGAAAUACAGCCGAAUCCACCGGGGCGAAGGACUCGAACGACAAGGGCAAGGUCGGUGGAUCAAAGGGCCUGCCUCACUGGUACGCCAAGGCUGAGGAAGCCAUACUGUUCAAUUCGCGGCCACAAGCUCCUGCCAACUCGGGCAUGGGUGCACCUACUGCCCCAACGGUGUCGGCCUCUGCCUCUUUGCCCGCCGUAGACAGCCAGCCCGUCGACACCGUUCCACCACCCGCGGCACCUGACAACUCUUCGUCGCAUCCGGAAAACGAUGCCUGGAACGCCCAAGACCCGCGUGACCUCGACGACGUCCCGGCCAGCACGGCCGCCCCAGGACCCUCACCCGCAGUCUUCGCCGAGACUGACGCAUACGAGACGGCACCUACCGAGGGCUUCCUCUUUGGUGGACCCGACUCGGCGCUCGCUGCCGCGGCCGCCAAGGCCGAGUUCGCCGAUGACAACGACCUCGCGCUCCACGCUGCGAUCCUGCUCAGCCACGAAGCGGGCAGAGGGACCGCGACGGGGGAGUCGGAGGACGUUGACGAGGAACAAAUGGAACUCGACGCGUAA